AUGAGUGUUCCAUCCGGCGCUGCAACUCCAGUGCCGUUCCAGUCCGCGCCUCUCCUACAGAACUUUGUGCGUGUCUACGAGGAGCGAUUGCUUGUGGAUAUCGCUGCCAAUCUGUAUCGCGAGUUUGCGCGUGGUGGCGGCAUUCAGCACGAAGAUAUCGGCAAAUUGCUGUCCCAUUUCCCUCCCAAGGUCGUUGAAGGCGUAUUCGCCCGCUAUGACCAAGCUGGGCGUGGUGUCGUAGACGCACGCGCCUUCCUAGCACUCGUGCGGUAUUUAAACUUCGGCAACGGCUUCUGCGAUUCAUGUUUUGCUCCUAUUGGCGAACACAAGCGCGGCUUCAUGUGCUUGGAAUGCCGAGCUGGAGGAUAUAUCCUCUGUGCCAGGUGCUACCCAAGAGGAGUGAGUGGCGAGGUACACCCACCCACUCACCGCUUCGUACCGGCCCAGGAGAUGCUGGAGAUGCUGGCGCCUCCACCCGAAGACAGAGAUCAACUGCCUAAUGGCGUCGGUGUGUUCCUACGCACCCACAUCUCCACAUUAUUCGCGCAGAUGGACACGGAUCGAGAUGGUCGCAUCACACAAGACGAGUUCCGUGUUUUCCAGAAAGCGCAGGGCUGUGCUGACAGCUACAUCGAAUUUCUGCUGGGUUUCGGGGGCAGUCUGGACGGUAUGAUCUCCAAGAAGGAGCUUCUGUAUCUCGUCACAGGCCAAAAGAUGACAAGACAGUGUGACGAAUGCUCUGCGCUCAAGUUUUGGACGCUGUCAGCAUGA